AUGCCUGUCUCUUUUGGCCGUGUCUUCCUUCCAGCAUCAGAUAUCCCUUCUUUCGUUGGCAAAGGAAACGUUGAUCUCGGAAUCACAGGGCACGAUGUUAUUCUCGAGGCAGAAAUGCAGGACUUGGUCGUUGAGGAGCUACGACUUGGAUUCGGAAAAUGUUCACUACAGGUUCAGGUCCCGGAGGCGGGGUCAAUUAAAACUGUUGAAGAUCUUGCGGGUAAAAGAGUGGUUACGAGCUUCAACGUCCUUUCGGAACAAUAUUUCAAGGAGAUCGACGACCGCCUAAAUCUCCAGGGUGAUCAGAGGACAAAAAUUGAAUAUGUAGGAGGAAGUGUUGAAGCUGCUUGCGCUCUUGGGCUAGCGGAUGGGAUCGAGUCUGGCGAUACAAUGAGGGCCGCCGGCCUUCACGCGAUAGCCACUGUACUCGAUACAGAAGCUGUUCUUAUCCGGUCAUCUACCCCUAAACACCCACACUUGAAGAAUCUCAUCGACCUUAUCACGAGACGAAUCUCUGGUGUGAUCGCUGCGGCAAAAUAUGUUAUCUGUCAAUACAACAUCUCCCGUGACAAUCUCACUGCCGCUCUUCAAAUCACCCCAGGACGAAGAGCUCCGACUGUUAGCCCUCUGGAAGAAGAAAACUGGGUCGCUGUGAGCAGCAUGGUGGAAAAGAAGAAGGCUGCCACAGUGAUGGAUGAACUGGUCGCCAUUGGCGCUGAAGAUGUUCUCAUUUUCAAUCUAGACAAUUGUAGAGUUUGA